GUUGUUUUGAGGUACCGUGUACGGGAUCGUUUUGAUUGUUUGCUGUGUUUGGUGUUUGGACAACAUUAUCUACAUAAAGUACAAUAGAUACCGAUUUCUUAGCCGAAGAUGAGUAAACGACUUUAUAAUCCUGCAAAUCAGAGAGACGCAGAAGAGUUAUUAGCUGUUUUAAAUGACUUGGAUUCAGAUGAUGAGUAUUACGAAGACUUCGAUAAUGCUGACCAGUUAGAUUUUGUGCUACUUCCUCCCGUGGAUGGUGAGGACAGCGAUCAAGAUGAUGGGCCUAGUGAUGAUGAACUUCCGCCGCUUAUUACUGAUUUAGGAAGAGGAUUGUUAGCUCAGUUUCAGUUAGGUCCACCAGGUUACGGGGUUGCGGCUGAGUGCAUCAACAUGGCACAUCUUGUUGCCAGGGCGGUGUUUGAUUUCGAAGUCAUAAUCUAG